UCGGAUCGUCGAUUCGGUUCCGACUCACGUGGGGCGUAUCUCCUGGAGCAGUCCAGAAGUUACCAAGGAUUCCUCACUACAGCCAUGACGCUGGAAACAGAGUCUACGACGGUGGCGGCACGUCCGAUUCUGUGCUUCCAGCACUGCUCGAGGAAGGCACAUAUUCUGUGUUUAGCCCUGCCGCUUUCGUGUCCCAUAUGCAAUAAAGCCGUGGAUACAAGCAACAAGCUGCUGCUUCAACCAUCUGUGAUCCCGUCGCCGUUCGCUUUCGCCGUGUCUUCGCCGUGUAGCGUAGUGAUAAAACCCUCGAAAGGCUCCUUCUUGUCGUGCUUGACCACCUCAUUGGAUCUUCACGCUGGUCUGACAGAUUCGAGAGGCGUAGUCCACGAAUACGACAGACGCGGGCUGACCGUAGGCUCUGGUGACUGGAGACAAUGUGUCACCAUACCGCUCUUCUUGUCUUCGGAUUCGUGCGAUCCGACGGUGGACUCGAAUUUCUGGGACUAUACGCUCGAAGUCACGAAAAACAGACAGUGGUGGUCCCGAGAAUGCUACGAUGACGACGAUCACAACUGUUUCACUUUCGUUCUCGACUUCGUUCGAACACUUCAACUACCGACGUUGUCGCAUCUUAAUCGAACGCAGUUUUGCAGCCAAGUCAUCUGCCCGAGAAUGAAAUCCGUUGCCAGAUAUGUGACCCUCUAUAGGAAACUAGAAGCUGAGAACGUUUACGUUAAGAAACUCACGGAUUGA